CGAAAAGUCAACAGCCGUCAGACUGGCUCAGCCUCGUCAUCAUCGUCAUGCCCAGCACAAAGCCCUUGCACUGUGCCUUUCGUCUCACACUCGCAACGCUGCUCCUCACUCUCACGAUGGACAACAAUGCCACUCAGCUGAGACCACUCUACGGCUCUGCAGCCGACGCUCAUGGAACCCUCCUCGCAGUCAUUGCAGCCAGCACGACCCACCUGUGUCCUCUUUUCGGUGAUGACAGGCAUCUGGCCGGACUUCUCGCUACUGUUGUGGUUGCAAUGACGCGCUCAGGCCCUUGGGCAAGAUCAUUAUCGACUUAUCUGGGACCGACUGUCGGCGCACUCUCGGCUCAGGCCAUGCUCACCCUACCGCUGCACAAUUUCCUUGCUUCCUGGUCCAACUUCAGAUCCUACAGAAAAUUUUCGCUCAUCCUCAUCACAUUUGGCUCGAUCGUGCUCAGGCCCUCUGUGGCGAGAAUUCCUCAUUGCGAGCAAGCUGCCUGGCUUCUUGUACUCACCACUUGCUUCAGCCUCAGUGCGGUCAGUAGUGUAAUCAGCGACCUUUCAUCACCAAAUUUUUCCCGAGUCACGCAGUCAAAAGGGUUCAAGCGUAUCAGUUUUCGAUUCUCCCUCAUCGUCGCCUUGAGUGCCGUGGUCCCGUACGCGUCGUACCAUCUUAGGCCUGUCGGUUGCGGCAAACUGUCUUCAUCGGGUCGGAAGGAAACAGACGGCGUGCGCGUGUUCGACCAAGUAUGGUCCACGACGGGUCUCGUCCAAAUCGCCGAAUAUCGGCUCGACAAUAGCGAUGCCUGGAUUAGAGCGAUGAGAUGCGAUCAUUCGCUCCUCGGGGGUGUCUGGAUCAAUACGGACGGCCCUUCUGGACCCGAGUCGGUCUAUGCGACCUUUAUCCUGCAAGAAGCUAUUCGCUUCGUCGAGCGAUCAGCAAAGCAUGACGAAUCGCCCCGCGCCCUUCUGAUCGGUUUAGGUGCUGGCAUUUCUGCUCGGGCGCUGCAUGUGCAUGGUCUCAAUACGACAAUCGUGGAGAUCGAUCCGGCUAUCUAUCGAUACGCGCAAGAGUACUUCGGCUUGCCUUCACCUCGAGGCGGCGCUCACAUACAAGACGCACGUCAAUAUCUCACACAGCAUGCUGCGCGUCAAGCGGAGCCGUACGAUUACAUCAUUCACGACGUAUUCACCGGCGGAUCUGUCCCAUCAUCACUGUUCACUGCUGAGCACUGGCGCGAGAUCAAGGGAGCUCUUCGCAAAGAUGGCAUUCUCGCUGUGAACUUCGUUGGCCAUCUCACUUCGCCUGGCACACGGGCCGUACUGCACACUAUACUCGCCUCUUUCCAGCAUUGCAAGGCUUUUGCAGACGGCUCAGCUUCGUCCGCUGACGAUGUACAGAACAUGGUCAUCUUCUGCUCACCUUCACGCCCAAUCACACUGCGUCCUCUGCACGACUCCGACUCCCUUUCAUCACCUCUACGGCAUCGCGUCUUUGAGAGCAUGCAAGACAACGACAUCGAUCUGCGAAGCAUAUCUGAAUACGCUCCGGUCCUGCUCACUGAUAAGGACACGAGCGCGCUCGAUGUGGAACAAUCGCUCAGCUCGGUAGAACAUUGGCAUGUCAUGCGGCGGGUGCUCCCGGCCAGAGCGUGGGAAAGAUACUGAAUGUAGAUUUUCAUGGCCGAGUGAUCGUCCAUACCUGAUCGAUGAUCGGCC